GAUCGAGUGGUCCUCCCAUCAGGCAUGAUGCUCGUCGCACUCUGCUUGCCUGCCUUGCCGCUGCCAACACAGCGAGGGCAGACCUUCUCCCGACGCCUCGCCAUCGCCGUUCUGCCUCUUCCGGUUGUUCCUGUGGCGCUUGCAGGCGAUGCACUCGCAGCGUCCCCGCCGCUCCGCUACACGAGCGCGUCGAGUGGAUUGCAGUGGGUCGAUUUGCGCCAAGGUUCUGGCAACGCGCCGAGAAGGGGUGAUGAAGUGAGUGUACAUUAUAUCAUGACCCGCAGGGGCGGAGCAAAGGUGCACUCGACCCGCGAGGCCGGCGAGCCCUUCUCUUGGACGCUGGGGGACGGGUCGGUCAUUGAGGGGCUAGAGCUCGCUGUCGGAGGCGGCGGCGGCCUGCCUCCAAUGCUGGUCGGCGGCGCGCGCCGCGUGAUUGUUCCGAUGGCACGCGGUUAUGGCUCGCAAACGGGCGGGCCUUCCAGGGCCAAGGAGGCGCAGCAGGACCGGCUCUGGGCGACAGACGUGCGCGACUUGGGGCCGGUGCGCGCG